AAAUGUUUUGUUGCUUCUAUUGAGAAAUUCCAUAUUCUAUUUGUUUAAACUUUACAAAUAAUUAAGGAUCAUUAUUACAAUUGACAAUAAAUUCUUAUCAAUAUUUCUAUUUAAAUUACUGUUACCAUUGAAGUGGUAUUCAAAAUGACUUUAUUAAAAAUAUUUAAAAAGGAAUUAUAUUAUUCUCUGCAUAUCUUCAUAGUAUAUAUUAUUUUUGGUUCCAAAUGGAUUUUUUGCGAAAUUAUCAAUGGUUCUGUUACUGAUACAAAGUCAAGUGAUCAUUUAAUCAUAUGGAUUUCAACUGGACUUGGUAUAUCAGUUGCCGUUCUUAUCAUUAUUGUAUGCUGUCUGCUUGUAUUAGUAUGUAACCUUAGGUCAAUAAAAUAUGAUACAGAACCGGCUAUAUUCAAAGAAGCAAUUGUUAACGGAAAUAACUGUUUACCUGGUGACCGUGUUCUAGCAACAUCUGCCCAAAGAUAUCAUUUCAGCCAUCAGAAGCAACAAAUGCUAGCUGAACAUAAGUUUUCGGUUGUUCCUGAAAGAGGCAAUAGUCCACCCAAAGUUCUAUACUCUGAUUUAAAACCUGCUGAGAAACUAGAAAUUGAGAACCCAGGUUUCAUAGGACCUUCAGAAAACAAUGAUAAUCACUCCUCAACAGCGUCAACAAAUCAAUCUGCAACACAGUAACGAUUUAUUAGAACAUAUUGAUCCGCAAGUCUGGUAACCGAACGGCUUUUUGGCCACCUUUAGUACAUUUAAGGAAACUAAUCCCGGUUUGUGUAUUGAUGAUUUUAUUUCUUAUCUUGUACAUGUUAUUGGGUAUAUACCGGGACAAAAAAAACAUGUAUGAAGAAUUAUUGUUCCAAUUUACUCUUGUUGUCUCAUUAAUUAUUUUAUUUGUUGUAUGUACUCUAAUAACAUGAAUAGCUAUAAUAUAAGAUCACUUAGAUUA